AUCCCAUAAGAAGGUUUAUGUCCUUUCUAGUACCGGUAUUCUAAUUCCUAAUUCUAUGUAACAUCCUUUCUCGUCAGUGUAAACGGAAGUGAAGUGAACAGUGCCGAAGAUCAUUUUCCACGUUAGCGUUUUUAUUGUUGUUAUUUAGACGCGUAUUUACUGGCAGAGCAUCACAUACGUACCCCCAUGCAGUCUUUAAUUCGUGUUGGAGAGACAGGACUUGGUUCAUAGAUGUUAACUAGGUAACACGAGCGAGCUGCUAACAAUGGCUAACUGUAUGGUUUUUCACACUCAAAUAGCCUCCAUCAUGGAGGUGCUAGCGAAUGCAGCUGUGGCAGAUAUCUGUAAACUCGUAGACGACGACUAUGCAGUGUUUCGUUUGGAAAUAACUCAAAGCCAGAAAGAAAACAGGACAUUGCGGAGGAAACUACAGCUACAGGAACUGAAAGUGUCACGGGAGCGCGCAGAGAGGACAAUGCGAGAGCGCGUCCUCGCCAGUCGUCCCAGUAGUGUCAAGAUCCUCGACCGAUACAGAGGAAUGGCAAGAGGUGAAGGACAUCUCACUGGAGGCCACAGGAGCUUUGUGAAGCCAGCGGGACACAAUACAUUGAGAGAUGACCAACCAAUCACUGUUGAUGAGGGGAGUGGAACCUCAACCCAGCACGUUACCGUGAUGGAGUCUGCAGAUACAGAGGCUGCAGGUCCUAGAGUAAAGCAGGAGAGGUCUGAAAGAAAGGAGGACCUACAGCAUAGCAUAAACAUCCAGACUGGAACGGCUGGAGCGCCCCCUAUAGCAUCGGAGGACUCCACCACCGCCCCAGCGCAGCCCAGAGCCGGCUCAGAGUAUUUACCGGUAUUUCACCAGAUCCAGAGGACGGUUCAUUCCUGUGUAGAUGGUGACGCACUAGUCACUGGCGUUGAUGAACCAUCAUGUUCUUACAGUACAGAGAUGGACCCUGGCAACAUGCCCUUGGGUUUAGAGACACAGACUGAUCUGUCUAAAGGGGAAUGGAACCGGUACAGUAGUAGUAUAUACUCUGAAGGGUGCCUAGAUAAAAAAGGGGAGUGUCUGGUUGUAGAUGAGGUAAUUGUGAAAGUGGAGGGCGACGCUUCUCCCAUAUGGGAGGCAGAUCGUCUCCUAGGAGACGGACACUCACAGGGCAGAGAUUUCUUAGAUUACAGGGAAAGCUUAGAAACAAAUCCAAAUGUUGCGACCCACUCCCCUUUACACAUUCUCAGGGAUCGCGACCCAGUGUCCACGUCGAUGGGGCCUUCUGAUUCACACGCCCACGUCCUUUUCAAUCAGGUAUUGAACUCAAACGACAUGGCUAGAGCCCAGGCUCAGGGAGGGGGAGCCACAUCAGGCAAUAAUAAAGAGAAACGGUUCCUCUGCAUGUUCUGCAACAAAGGCUUCAGCUGCCCCCAGAAGGUGGAGAUCCACCAGAGGGUCCACACAGGGGAGAAACCCUACAGCUGUGCCCAAUGUCACAUGCGCUUCGCUGAGGCUGGCAGCCUGAAGAGGCACCAGAGGGUCCACACAGGGGAGAAACCCUACAGCUGCCCCCAGUGUGAGAAGAGGUUCUCCCACCAGCACCAUCUGAAGAGGCACUUGAAGGUCCACACGGAAUAGAGGCCGUUUGCCUGUAAGCACUCUCGGAAGAGGUUCUCAGAGAGGAGCUUCCUCAGGAUACACCAGCAGAAAAACGAUUCCACUCGAUAACAUAGAAAGUAAGCAUUCCAUUCAAUGGCUUCUGACAUUUAGAUCAAACCCUGCCCUAAAGAUAGAUCAAUUUCCACAACAUCAAAGAGCGUUGAAGUGCAAGGCCAAGACAUUUUGGGAUAUAUGCGCCUAAAAAGUCUUAAAAUAAUUUAGCCUACGCAGUAUAGACGCUAUGUUCACAAAUGCCUAUUUCAUUACUUCCAUUCAACUACUAUUUCUUCUUCAAUAAUCACUUUUAUAAAAAAAAAAUUAACACUUUUUCUCCCCAAUUUCGUGGAAUCCAAUUACAGUCUUGUCCCAUUGCUGCAACUUCCGCACGGACAUG